AUGUUCAGUGGUACUGCAAUCAUAUCUGAUGGAUCCUGUGUAAGAAUGACUAGCCUACGAACCUGCACAAUUUUGGCAGCCCAGACAAGGACUUACGGCAGGAAAAGUCCAAUCACUGACGGUGAUAUUUUUUUCCGCUCUUUUUGCUACCGCCCACUUCCGACCGCCUACAACCAAGACAGCACCCCAGACUUCUCAUACUUUUCCAUCUCCUCUCAUCCAGCGAAACCCUCCUACUCGCACCAAGGUUGGGGGCCCCGGAGGACCCAGCGCGCAUGCGCGACCACACCGAGCAUGCUCAGUAGCGCACGCCAGCCCCGCGACGCCCCGGAGCUUCUCGGUCUACCCACCGCGGACGCGGAGCUCUCGGCGGCUGCUCCGGGAGCGACAGGAAGUGAGGCAGCCCCGCCUGGCGCCAGCAGCGGCCAAAACAGAGGCGGAAGGGGCGCUGCGGCGGCGGCGACGACGACGACGACGACGACAGAGGUGGCCGAGGGGGCUGAGCGCCGAGGGGACUCGCCCGCUCGGAAGCCGCAUUCCGAGCCGGGCAGGAUGGAUCUCCACCAGCCGGGCACUGGCCGCUACCAGGUGCUUCACAAUGAAGAGGACAAUUCAGAUUCAUCUGCCAUAGAGCAACCAUCAACUUCCAGCCCAACACCACAGAUUGUACAAACUACUCCUUCAACACCAGUACUUGAAACUUCUCCUCCACCUUACAGUAGUAUUACUGUGGAAGUACCUACAACGUCAGAUUCAGAUGUUUACAGUGAAUUUUAUCCUGUGCCACCUCCAUAUAGUGUUGCUACCUCUCUUCCGACAUACGAUGAAGCUGAGAAGGCUAAAGCUGCUGCAAUGGCAGCUGCAGUAGCAGAAACAUCUCAAAGAAUUCAGGAGGAAGAGUGUCCACCAAGAGAUGACUUCAGUGAUGCUGACCAGCUUAGAGUGGGUAAUGAUGGCAUUUUCAUGCUGGCAUUUUUCAUGGCAUUUAUUUUCAACUGGCUUGGAUUUUGUUUAUCCUUCUGUAUAACCAAUACCAUAGCUGGAAGGUAUGGUGCUAUCUGUGGAUUUGGUCUGUCAUUGAUCAAAUGGAUCCUCAUUGUCAGGUUUUCUGAUUAUUUUACUGGAUAUUUCAAUGGGCAGUAUUGGCUUUGGUGGAUAUUUCUUGUACUUGGCCUUCUCCUUUUCUUCAGAGGAUUUGUUAAUUACCUAAAAGUGAGAAACAUGUCUGAAAGUAUGGCAGCUGCUCACAGAACAAGAUAUUUCUUCUUACUAUAAAGAUUGCAUCGACCAGACAUUCCUUUCCUAUACCAAUGUGAAAUUUCCAGAUGAUCUGUAAGCAUACAACUAUAAUAGGAUAGAAGACUACUUAGAAGAAAAAUUAAUGAAGAAAAAAUACAGCUUCAAAAUUGAGUGACGGGGUGGUUCAUUCUCUUCAAUAUUUAUAUUUCACUUGUCUUGCACAUUGGCAUAUGUACCUAUUAAAAGAUUUGCAUAUGCUUGGAGAAACAUAAAGUUGAUGUCAGUCAAAUCCAGCCACAUUUGGUUAAUCAGUGUUUGCUAUAAUUGAAAGCGUUGAGUGAUAAACAGUCUUCCAGCAUGUAAGUGCCACUGGCUUCUGACCUGACAUUUAGCAUAAUAAAUAUGAAAUGAUUAACCAUGUCA